CGCUGGAGUCCGGGCAGGGUUUGCCCUGGGUGGUUGCGAUGGGUGAAUUUGCACAGGCACUUUCAGGGCUGGCGCAUUGUGGGUGGCGGCGUCUCCCACCUGGGCUCCGCAGCCCCAGGGGGUGGUGGUACUCACCGUAAUCCUGGUUGAAGAGAAAGGCCACUCUUGUUUUGCAGCGGGGUUGUCGUCACGGUUUGUGCCAGUUGCGCGACACAGUUCGCCCAGCAAUGAGAGCAGCGCCAGAUGGGCCUAGCACUCAGGAAGAGCUGGAACAGCAAAGCAAGCUCGCAUGGUGACUGACGCCCAGUGUACAUGGUUUCAAACUUGGUCUGACUUCCCAGGCCUGGCACUGUCACUGACGCGUUGUCUAGCUUACAGCAAGACCCUUCCCUACCCUCUCCAUGCCUCAGUUUGCUUGGCUGUGAAGUGGAAGGUGUAAAUCGACUGUCUGCAAGACCUUACAGUGCUGACUUAAUUUUGAUCUAUACGCAAAUGUUUACUACUCAGAUUUUACCCUUUAUAUGCCCCUCCAGAGCAAGGCUGGCCCAGCAAGAAUCAGGAAUGGCAGAGCAGGGCAUGGGGACAGCUCAGGGAGUCCAUUCUGAAAACAACUCUGAAAAACCUUUUUAGUACUACUUGUUCUUGUUGUUAGUUGUCCUCAAGUCGAUUCCGACUCAUGGCUACCCCUUGUGUGCAGAGUAGAACUGCUGCUCCAUAGGGUUUUCAAGGCUGUGACCUUUAAAACCAGUUUGCAAGGCCUUUCUUCCGAGGUGCCUCUGGGUGUGUCCAAACCACCAACCUUUCAGUUAGUAGUCCAGUGAUGAACCGUUUUUGCCACCCAGGGACUCCCUUAAACUGGAAACAAUACAUUGCCAAGCAAAAGUCACAUAAUAAAAGAGGUGGAUGAUUUAACUGUAUAGCCAAUCAAAGAAAAAUUUGAGCUAUCAUUUUUUGGGAGCACUUUCGUAAUCUAUUUUUCCAUUUAUCUAUGUAACACUCCUACUCUUUCAGAGUUGUUUCUUAGCCUUGUAUUGCCCUUUUAGGACACACGGUAGUAAAAAUUACAUGCAGCUUAUUCUACAUUAACUAUAAAGGUAAAGAAGAAUUGCAAACACUAUAGAACAGCAUUGUGAUGUCAACUUCCAAUACCUCCUCAUUAAAGAACUGGUGAUAAUGAUAAUGGCAACCAGAUACUAUUCAAGACAAUCUAAUCUUCACAGCAACCCCAGGAGGAGAUUGCCUUAAGACACAAUCCAGUCCUGCAAAUUGAGUCCUGCCUCGUUAACAUAACUGCCACCAAUCCCAUCUCAUUAACAACGCAGAAAAAUCACAUUGGAAGACAAAAUGAUGGACAACCACACAACACUGGUAAACAUGGCCCAGACAAAUUGAUACACAAUUCAAUCCAUGACUGACCUACCACCAAGAAAGGAAUGCUGGGAGCAGAGCACUUCCUUUGGACUCGGGCCCUUGCACUGAGAGGAUCCUUGAUCAGGGGAAGAUUGAUGACAAGGACCUUCCUCCAGAGCCAGCAGAGAGAGAAAACCUUCCCCUGGAGCUGACUCCCUGAAUCUGGACUUCUAGCCUACUAGACUGUGAGAGAAUAAACUUCUGUUUGUUCAAACCAUCAACUUGUGCUAUUUCUGUUAUAGCAACGCUAGAUAACUAAGACAUGGGUCAAAUAAAAAAAUCAAAGUGGGAAUUAGAAAAUACUUUCAGCUGGCUGGUAAAUGAAAAUAUAGCAUAUCAAAACUCAUGGGAUACACCUAAGUCGUUCUCAGAAGGGAAUUUUAUAGCUUUAAAAUACAUAUUCUAGAUAAAAGGCUAAAAAUCAAUCACCUAUGCAUCCGUCUCAAGGGAUUGGAAAAACAAUAGCGUAUUAAUCCCAAAGAAAGUAGAAGGAACCAAAUAAAGAUAAAACAGAAUUUUCUGUAGGAAAUACACAUUUAAUAGAGAGCAUUAACAAAGCCAAAAAAAUUUUGUAUGAAAGGACUAACCAAAUUGGUAAAUUUCACUGGAAAUACUGAUCAAGAAACAAAAAAGAGAGAAGGCAUAAAUAACCAAUAUUGUGUUGUUAUUGUUGUUAGGUGCCAUCAAGUUGGUUCCGACUCAUAGCAACCCUAUGCACAACAGAACGAAACACUGCCCGGUCCUGAGCCAUCCUUACAUUCCUUCUUAUGCUUGAGCUCAUUGUUGCGGCCACUGUGUCAAUCCACCUCAUUGAGGGUCUUCCUCUUUUCCGCUCACCCUGUACUCUGCCAAGCAUGAUGUCCUUCUCCAGGGACUGAUCCUUCCUGACAACAUGUCCAAAGUAUGUAAGACACAGUCUCACCAUCCUUGCUUCUAAGGAGCAUUCUGGUUGUAUUUCUAAGACAGAUUUGUUCAUUCUUUUGGCAAUCCAUGGUAUAUUCAAUAUUCUUUGCCAACACCACAAUUCAAAGGCAUCAAUUCUUCUUUGGCCUUCCUUAUUCAUUGUCCAGCUUUCACAUGCAUAUGAUGUGAUUGAAAAUACCAUGGCUUGGGUCAGGCUCACCUUAGUCUUCAGGGUGACAUCUUUGCUCUUCAACAUUUUAAAGAGGUCCUUUCCCAGCAGAUUUACCCAAUGCAAUGCAUCUUUUGAUUUCUUGACUGCUGCUUCCGUGGGUGUUGAUUGUGGAUCCAAGUAAAAUGAAAUCCUUGACAACUUCAAUCUUUUCUCCGUUUCUCAUGAUGUUGCUUAUUGGUCCAGUUGUGAGGAUAUUUGUUUUCUUUAUGUUGACGUGCAAUGCAUACUGAAGGCUGUGGUCUUUGAUCUUCAUUAGUAAGUGCUUCAAGUCCUCUUCACUUUCAACAAGUAAGGUUGUGUCAUCUGCAUUACGCAGGUUGUUAUUGAGUCUUCCUCCAAUCCUGAUGCCCCAUUCUUCUUCAUAUAGUCCAGCUUCUCAGAUUAUUUGUUCAGCAUACAGAUAGAAUACGUAUGGUGAAAGAAUACAACCCUGACACACAGCUUUCCUGACUUUAAACCAAUCAGUAUCCCCUUGUUCUGUCCAAAAAACUGCCUCUUGAUCUAUGUAUAGGUUCCUUAUGAGCACAGUUAAGUGUUCUGGAAUUCCCAUUCUUCGCAAUGUUAUCCAUAAUCUGUUAUGAUCCACACAGUUGAAUGCCUUUGCAUAGUCAAUAAAACAUAGGUAAACAUCCUUCUGGUAUUUUCUCCUUUUAGCCAGGAUCCAUCUGACAUCAGCAAUGAUAUCCCUGGUUCCACGUCCUCUUCUGAAGCUGGCCUGAAUUUCUGACAGUUCCCUGUCGAUAUACUACUGCAGCAGUUUUUGAAUGAUCUUCAGCAAAAUUUUGCUUGCGUGUGAUAUUAAUGAUAUCGUUCUAUAAUUUCCACAUUUGAUUGGAACACCUUUCUUGGGAAUAGGCAUAAAUAUGGAUCUCUCCGAGUGAGUUGGCCAGGAAGCUGUUUCCACAUUUCUUGGCAUAGACAAGUGAGCACCUCCAGUGCUGCAUCUGUUUGUUGAAACAUCUCAAUGGAUAUUCCAUCAAUUCCUGGAGCCUUGUUUUUCACCAGUGCCUUCAGAGCAGCUUGGGCUUCUUCCUUCACUACCUUCAGUUCCUGGUCAUACGCCAUCUCUUGAAAUGGUUGAACAUCGACUAAUUCUUUUUGGUAUAAUGACUCUGUAUUCCUUCCAUCUUCUUUCGAUGCUUCCUGCGUCGUUUAAUAUUUUCCCCAUAGAAUCCUUCACUAUGGCAACUCAAGGCUUGAAUUUUUUCUUCAGUUCUUUCAGCUUGAGAAAUGCGGAACGUGUUCUUCCCUUUUGGUUUUCCAUGUCCACCUCUUUGCACUUGUCAUUAUAAUACAUUACUUUGUCUUCUCGAGGCGCCCUUUGAAAUCUUCUGUUCAGUUCUUUUACUUCAUCAAUUCUUCUUUUGCUUUAGCUGCUUCACAUUCGAGAGUAAGUUUCAGAGUCUCCUCUGACAUCCAUCUUGGUCUUUUCUUUCUUUCCUGUCUUUUCAAUGACCUCUUGUUUUCUUCACGUAUGACGUCCUUGAUGUCAUUCCACAACUUGUCUGGUCUUCGGUCACUAGUGUUCAAUGUGUCAAAUCUAUUCUUGAGAUGGUCUCUAAAUUCACAUGGGAUAUACUCAAGGUCAUAUUUUGGCUCUCGUGGACUUGCUCUGAUUUUCUUCAGUUUCAGCUUGAACUUACAUAUGAGCAAUUGAUGGUCUGUUCCAUAGUCGGCUCCUGGCCUUGUUCUGACUGACGAUAUUGAGCUUUUCCAUUGUCUCUUUCCACAGAUGUAGUCAAUUUGAUUUCUGUGUGUUCCAUCUGGCGAGGUCCAUGUGUACAGUCACCUUCUAUGUUGGUGAAAGAAGGUAUUUUCAGUGAAGAAGUCGUUGGUCUUGCAAAAUUCUAUCAUUCGAUCUCCGGCAUUGUUUCUAUCACCAAGGCCAUAUUUUCUAACUACUGAUCCUUCUUUGUUUCCAGCUUUCGCAUUCCAAUCGCCAGUAAUUAUCAAUGCAUCUUGAUUGCAUGUUCGAUCAAUUUCAGACUGCAACAGCUGAUAAAAAUCCUCUAUUUGUUCAUCUUUGUUCCUAGUGGUUGGUGCGUAAAUUUGAAUAAUAGUUGUAUUAAGUGGUCCUCCUUGUAGGCGUAUGGAUAUUAUCCUAUCACUGACAGCAUUGUACUUCAGGAUAGAUCUCGAAAUGUUCUUUUUGAGGAUGAAUGCAACACCAUUCCUCUUUGAGUUGUCAUUCCCAGCAUAGUAGACUAUAUGAUUGUCCAAUUCAAAAUGGCCAAUACCAGUCCAUUUCAGCUCACUAAUGCCUAGGAUAUCAAUGUUUAUGAGCUCCAUUUCAUUUUUGACAAUUUCCAGUUUUCCUAGAUUCAUACUUCAUACAUUCCUGAUUCCGAUUAUUAAUGGAUGUUUGCAGCUGUUGGUUUCUUCUCAUUUUCAGUCAUGCCACAUCAGCAAAUGAAGGUCCCAAAAGCUUUACUCCAUCCACAUCAUUAAGGUCGACUCUACUUUGAGGAGGCAGCUCUUCCCCAGUCAUCUUUUGAGUGCCUUCCAACGUGGGAGGCUCAUCUUCCAGCACUAUAUCAGACAAUGUUCUGCUGCUAUUCAUAAGUUUUUUACUGGCUAAUGCUUUUCAAAAGUAGACUGCCGGGUCCUUCUUCCUAGUCUGUCUUAGUCUGGAAGCUCAGCUGAAACCUGUCCUUCAUGGUUGACCCUGCUGGUAUCUGAAUACUGGUGGCAUAGCUUCCAGCAUCACAGCAACACGCAAGCCCCCACAGUACAACAAACUGACAGAUAUGUGGGGUAACUAAUAUUAGGAAUGAAUAAGAAAAUAUCACUAUAUGCCAUAAAACGGGAAAGUUAUAACCAAAACCAAACUAAACCUAUUGCCAUCAAGUUAAUUCCAACUCAUAGUGACCCUAUAGGACACAGUAGGACUGCCCCAUAGGAUUUCCAGGGCGUAGCUGGUGGAUUUAAACUGCUGACCUUUUGGUUAGCAGCCGAACUCAUAACCACUGCAUUACUAGGGCUUUGGAAAGUUAUAAGGGGAUACUAUAAACAACUUUAAGCCAAUAUAUUUAAAAUUUAGAGGAACUUGAGGGAGUCCUAAAAAAGAAAAUAACUUACCAAAAAGGACACCCAUUGCCAUCAAGUCAAUUCUGACUCAUAGCAACCCUAUAGGACAGAGUAGAACUGCCCCAUAAAAUAUCCAAGGAUUGGAUGCUGGAUUCGAACUGCUGACCUUUAGCAGCUGAGCUCUUAAUCACUGAGCCAUCACAGGAAGACAAAAUUUCUGAAUUGACCUAUAACUGUUAAAGAAAUUGAACCUAUGGAGAUCAUGGUCUCGGGGAAUAUCUAGCUCAACUGGCAUAACAUAGUUGAUAAAGAAAAUGUUCUACAUUCUACUUUGGUGAGUAGUGUCUGGGAUCUUAAAAGUUUGUGAGCAGCCAUGUAUGAUACUCUACUGGUCUCACCCCAUCUGGAGCAAAAGAAGAAUGAAGAAAACCAAAGACACAAGGGAAAGAUUAUUCCAAAGGACUAAUCGACCACAACUACCACAGCAUCCACCAGACUGAGUCCAACACAACUAAAUGGUGCCUGGCUACCACCACUGACUGCUCUGACAGGAGUCACAAUAGAAGGUCCCAGACAGAGCAGGAGAAAAAAGUGGAACAAAAUUCUAACUCACAAAAAAAAAAAAAAAACCGACCAGAUUUACUUGUCUGACAGAGACUGGAGAAAUCCAGAGGGAAGGCCCCCAGACAUCCUUAUAGCUCAGUAAUGAAGUCACCCCUGAGGUUCACCCUUCAGCCAAAGAUUAGACAGGCCCACAAAACAAAAUGAGACUAAAGGGGUGCAACAGCCCAGGGUCAAGGACAAGAAGGCAGGAGUGGACAGGAAAGCCAGUAAUGGGGAACCCAAGGUCAAGAGGCGGAGAGUGUUGACAUGUUGUGGAGUUGGCAACCAAUGUCAGAAAACAAUAUGGGUAUUAAUUGUUUAAUGAGAAACUAGCUUGCUCUGUAAACCUUCAUCUAAAGUACAAUAAAAAGAGAAAACUAGAAAAUAUUAGUCCAAAGGGCUGAAGCACCAAAAAAAAUUUUUUUAAAGAAAGAAAGAAAAAGAAAUUGAACCCAUAAUUGAAAACCUUUCCACAAGGAAAACUCCAAGCCCAGAUGGCUUUACUGGUAAAAUCUCCCAAAUUUUAAGAAGAAAUAUUACCAAUCUCAGAACAUUUUCCUGAGAACAGAAAAAAAGAGAAGUCUUUCAAACUCUUUUUAUGAGGUUAGUAUAACCUUGUAACUAAAACCUUACAAGAACAGUAUGAGAGGAAAAUUUCAGGCCAAUUUCACACAUGAACAUAGAUAGAAAAUUUCUAACAAAAUAUUAGAAAAGUGUAUCCAGUGAUAUAUUAAAAGGAUAAUGCAUCCUGAUUUAGUUGGGUUUACGCCAGGGAUGCGAGAUAGGUUUAAAAUUUGAAAAUGAAUCAGGAUAAUUUACCACAGUAACAGAAUAAAGAAGAAAAGUCAUAUGGUCAUAUCAAGAGAUUCUAAAGAACAUUUGAUAAAAUUCAACAUCCAUUUAUGGGAGAAAACAACUCUUAGAAAACUAGGAAUAAAGUAUAACUUACAGUUAACAGAAUUUACAAAGUACAGCAAAUAUACUUAGCGGUGAAAUAUUGAACACUUUCCCCCUAACCUUUAGGGAUCAAGACAAAGAUGUCCACUGUUAUCACUUCUAUUCAAUAUGGUACUGAAGUUCUUAGCCAAUACACUGAGGUAAGGAAAUAUAUGUAAAAGGAUUGAAGAAAAAAUAAAACUUAUUAUUCACAGCUGAUAUAAUUGUGUAUGUAAAAAUUCCUAAAGAAUUGGCUCUUCUCCAAGUUGGUGAUGUGAGCAGAAGCUCAUCUCAAACCCACCUCAACAAUUAUAAGAAAUAAACAGGAAAAUAGCACCAUCAAGGAGACGGAAUUACAAAUGUAGAACCCUGGAAACCAACCCAAAUAUUAUACCAACUAGCUGUGAAUCAAAAGAGAAAGAAAAACAACAGAGAAGGAUGUGGUGCCACAGGUUGUUCCACUUACAAAGCAGGCUCCAGAAUCUGCUGAAGGGAGGAGUCACAUGUUGGGCCCUUCAACAGCCCAACUUCAAAAGCUUGUUUCCAUUAGGCAUCCAUGGGCACCAUACAGCCUCCAAGUCUCUGAACUGUGCUUGGCAGCAACAUGAAGAUCAUUUUGAACUGCAAUACGCUAACACUGUUAUGCGUUUUGAUUAUGUCUGGCUUCGAGAUCACUGCCGCUCAGCAUCCUGCUACAACUCUAAGACUCACCAACGCAGCCUGGACACUGCCAGUGUGGAUUUAUGUAUCAAACCAAAGACUGUUCGUCUGGAUGAGACCACACUAUUUUUCACUUGGCCAGAUGGUCAUGUGACUAGAUAUGAUUUGGAAUGGCUGGUGAAAAACAGCUAUGAAGGACAGAAACAAAAGAUCAUCCAGCCUAGAAUCUUAUGGAAUGCUGAAAUCUACCGGCAAGCCCAAGUUACACCGGUAGAUUUCCAGAGCUUUUUAGAAACCAAUGAGGGACUGAAGAAAUUUCUGCAAAACUUUUUGCUCUAUGGAAUUGCGUUUGUAGAAAACGUCCCUCCUACUCAAGAGCACACAGAGAAGUUGGCAGAAAGGAUCAGCUUGAUCAGAGAAACCAUCUAUGGGAGGAUGUGGUAUUUCACUUCAGACUUCUCCAGGGGUGACACUGCAUACACCAAGUUAGCUCUGGAUCGGCACACUGACACUACCUAUUUUCAAGAGCCAUGUGGCAUUCAAGUGUUUCACUGUCUUAAGCAUGAAGGAACAGGUGGCAGGACACUACUAGUAGAUGGAUUCUAUGCAGCAGAGCAGGUACUUCAAAAGUCUCCUGAGGAAUUUGAACUCCUCAGCAAAGUGCCAUUGAAGCAUGAAUAUAUUGAAAAUGUUGGAAAGUGUCACAACCACAUGAUUGGGGUUGGGCCAGUCUUAAAUAUCUACCCAUGGAAUAAAGAGCUGUAUUUGAUCAGGUACAACAACUAUGACCGGGCUGUCAUCAAUACUGUACCGUAUGAUGUCGUCCAUCGUUGGUAUACAGCACACCGGGCUCUAACAGUGGAGUUGAGGAGACCAGAGAAUGAGCUUUGGGUCAAACUAAAGCCUGGCAGGGUCCUGUUUAUAGACAACUGGCGUGUCCUACACGGCAGGGAAUCCUUCACUGGCUACCGCCAACUCUGUGGCUGCUACUUAACAAGAGAUGAUGUAUUAAAUACUGCUCGUCUCUUAGGGCUUCAGGCUUAAAAUUGGGAUUAUGAACACACCUGGUACUCUGCCUACCAGAAUUUCCUAUCAGCAGAAUAAUACUGUGUCAUAACCUACUUCAAAUUGUCUUCUUAUCCCAUCCCACAGAACAGAAGUUUUCCUUUUUCUCUGGUAGGAGUAAACUGUUAAAGAGGGGCCUCUGAGUUACCUGAUGUCAGCCAUCUAGUGGGUAGCUCUCUUCCCCAAGUUAUAACAUAGACCCACUUGUCUUUUAAAUCUUUUGAUACUAUUUUGGUCAAUCUAUUUCAGAAAUGGAAUACUAAUAUUGAUGGGGAAGGAAUAAUAGUCCUUAGGUAAAAAAUUGUUCCAACUAGAUCACUUAGAAAACAAAUCUUGAUAACGCAGUACUUUGCAAAUUUUUGGUCUCAGGAUACCUUAUCGCUCUUAAAAGUUAUCGAGGACCCCAAAGAGUUCUUGUGUGUGGGUAUAUCUAUUGUGUUCUAAUACUAAUUUUAUUAGAAAUGAAAACUGAGAAAUGUUUAAAGCUCAAGAAUACACAAGCACACAUUUCUCAACUGCCAGAGCCACAGCAUCAUCACACAUCGUGGAGCCACUGGAAAAGUCCCCCGUAUACUUGUGAGGGAAAGAAUGUGAAAAGCCAAAUAUAAUCUUAGUGAUAUUAUAAAAGUAGCUCUGAACUCAUGGUCCUGAUAAAAGGGUCUCAGGGAAACCUCCAGGUGUCUUCACACCACACUUUGAAAAACCAAUGGCCUAGAGGAUACCUUAGGAUAGUCCCUUUACAAAAGCCUAUGAAUUAAAGCAUUUACCUGAAAUCCUAGAUUUUUCACUACAGUAUAGGAGACACUAGGAAUUGCUCAGUAGCACAAGUUCAGUGAUGAAGUGGGAAUAAAAUACAAAUAUAAUAUUUUAUUGAGUAACUUCCAGAACAAGGCUUACUCCCAUCCAGAUAAUCUCUCCAGAAAUUAAACUAGAAAAUCACAAUGGCUCCUGCUUUUUUUCUUUUAAUGGUUCCCUCACCACCAUUACAGAGAGAGAGAGAGAGAUAGGGAGUCACAAAGCAAUGUCAGGAUUGUAACAGAGACUAAAGUCUAAUCUGAUAUUUUCAGGGAGUUCCUAGGUCACACUUGGUAGUUUAUACAUAAUUUUAUUGACCUGUUGAACAUUUUAUGUUAUCAAAAUAUUUCUGCAUUUUAUUUGCACUAUAUAGGAUCUUUAGGGGCCUUCCAUGAAAUUCGUUAGGUCAAAGAAUUAAUAAUUAAGGUCAAGUGUUAAAGAGCAUACUCUUUACCAAUCAGAACAGAACAUGCAAUCUUUUCUGUCUUCUACUAUGACUCCUAAAGUAAGUGUCCAUUCAUUUUCAUCAGGAUAUUUGCCCUUUUUAGAAUUCUGCCUAAAUUCACCUUGAAGUUUACACUAUAUGUGAGGUCAAUAUUGAUUGAUGACAAGCAAAAAACAUAUCCAUAGCCCUCGAGGGAUAGGUACACAAAUCAACCUUUUCCCCUUACUGAAGGACUCCCCUUACCUCCUGUCUCUCCUGGAAUCUUGAUUCAUUAUUUCACCCUCCUUCUCAUAAAUUUGAAAUCAACCCCUUUCUGAAAUGUAUUUCCCUUGAGAGGAAGAAAUAUGGAAAGGAAAUAUUUUAGUGUAAACCACGCUGCAUUGAAAACUUUCUUUUUACAUUUCUUUCAGGUGUCCCGGAGACUAUAAGCAGGGAUCUUGUCUACUAAGCUCAACUAUAAAGUGUCCUUUAUCUUUUUCCAUGGUGGGAUGGGAUCAUAGGAGUCAGAAGCACAGAUCUAACACAGUGCCCUAAAAAUAGUAGUUUCAUAAUACAAAUUUGCUCACAAAAGAAUGAAUAAAUUGUUUUCAUACAAACUCAUGAAAAAUUACUACAUUUCUCUAGAAGUAUGUCCUUUGUGUUUGGCAGUUAAAUCGCAAUAAAUUUUGGCACAUACUUUGGUCCUACCCCAGACCAAGUUAAGUGUACAAGUUCAGUGAUAGUGAGAAUGGAGUACAGUUUUUUAUUAAGUAACUUCUCAGAACAAGGGUUACUUUCAUUCAAAUAAUCUCUAAAGAAAUUUAACUAGGAAAUCACAACAGCUGCAAUUAACCUGUCAGUUCUAUAAUUCUGCGAGGGAUAAUUGAUCAGAAACUCUGGGAAUUGAGCCCAACAAUCAGUUUUAGCAUCCCUCCAGGGGCUUCUGAAGCACACCAAAAUUUGAGAAUCACUGAAGGCAAAAACUCUAUUGUAGAGAUGUAGGUUGAGUUAUACCACUGACUCACUAAAUUACCUGAGGCAUGUCCCUCUUCUAUUAUGUGGUUCACUUUGCUGUUUUAUGAAAUCGAGGCCUUGGACUAGCCAGUAUCUAAAAGCUGUGCCACUCUAGUUGUAUGGCCUUGGUCAUUUUGUUUGACUUCUUGUUGCUUCCAUUUCUCACAUGGAUACAGUAAGAAUAAUACCUACCUCACAGGGUUUUCAAACUAUUUUGUGAGUAUUAAGUAAGAUGUUUGAAGCACAUAUUGAUGGUCAGUAAUACUAUGUAACUCUUAAAUAGUGCUUUAUAUGUGCCAGGCACUGUUCUAAGGGCUUUUAAUCCCAACAGCAACCUUGUCCCCAUUUUACAAAUGAAGAAACACAGACGACGAGAGAUUAAAUAGCUUGCCAAAGAUCAUGCAGCAAAUAGUCAGAGCUUGGAUAAGAAUCCCAGAAAUAUGGCCCCAGAAAAAAAUGCUUUUAACUAAUAUGCCUUAAAAAAAAAAUUUUUUUUUUUAUUACUCAAUAAAUGUUCACUACCUCUCACUUUCCCAAUUUAGAAAACACUGUGAAGUCUCUUUUCUAAGCACUUCCCUCUCCAUCAUCCCCAGAAUACUUUCCAGUAAAUUAGUGUAUAUAUAUAUAUUCUGGAUAACUUGGAGUUAAUGAGUUUUGGACAAAUUUAAGAUUUUUAAUCUUUCAUAUGUGGGAUACUAACGGAUCAAAGCUUAUCAAGGUCCUUAAAUUUUUAUCAUGAAUCCUUCAUUUUAUCAAGUCUUAAGUUAGUCAUCAUCUCCAGUUUCAUCCCAAAUAAUACAAGAACCUUGUCUGACAAGUGAAUGUUGUCCAGUAUUUUAGUUCAUUUUGUCGGUUGUACUGUUUUAUACAGUCUAUUUUUUUUUAGACUCAGGGCCAUGGUUAUUAAUUUCUUUGUUUGCCGUGUGCCUGUUACAUCUUGCUUCUUCUCUGUUCAAUUUACUUAUAUUGGAGGAAUAUCUUUAAGUUUUUCUUCUAGUGAGUGGUCAACUCUCUCAAUCUUUUUUCAAGAAUAUUUUGAUUUCACCCUCAUUUUUGAAUGACCGUGUUGUUGGGUAUAACAUUCCUGGUAAACACUGUUCUUUUUUCGGAGUGCAUUAAUGAUAUGAUUCCACUUUCAUUGUGGCUGGUAAGAAGUCUGCUGUCAGUUUAUUAUUUAUUUGGUAGUAAUGUGUCUUCUCUUUCUAGUUGCUUUUAAGAUCUUCCCCUUGUGUUUGCUGGCCUGCAGUUUCCCCAUAAUUUGGUUUUAUUGAUUCUCCUUGAGGCCUCUCCUUUCAGAAUAUGAGGAAUCAUGUGUUUUAUCAAAUCUGGAAAUUUUUCAGCUAGUUUCUCUUUGAAUAUUGGUUUCUCUCUAUAUCUUUGUAACGCAGCCCAGCAUAACCUUCCGUUCUAUUUCCCUAUACACUGACUUCCCAGAGUUUCUGAUCAAUCAUCCCUCACCCAAUUAGAAAUUCCUUUGUAAAAGAUGGUAGAGUGAAGAAGGAUCAAAGCAUUUCCUUUGCCCAAUAAUGCUUAAUUAAAUGAAUAAGAAAGGGUAAAAUGCAAAAAGGGGGAGGGGGGAGAAAGGCUUCCAAGGAAUAAAAGAAGAUUCUAGUGGUGAGAAUGGUUUAG